AUGGUGUUCAACGAGCAGGCAAAGGUGCUACUGAUGGUGGCGAACCUUCUGCUUCCAUGGAGUACCAGAGCUUUCGUGCUCCACUGCAAUGCCAACCAGCGAUCCGUGCUCGGCAGGCACGAAGGCGUUGUCAUGAUGGAGACUCUUCACGGGAACGGAGGGGAAGGAGGGUCCACCAACCGCGGAGAUUUCCUGUCGGGUGCGGCCGUGACCGCUGCAGCGGUGCUUGGGGUGUCUGCGGCCGGCACUGUGGGAGCCCCCCCCCCGGCGAGCGCGCUUGUCAAGGGUAACGCACCUCCGCCAGGGUACAACAAGAAGCGCGGCAGCGGGUACGGUAACGGAGAGCCAGAGGCUACUCCCACGGCAGACGCUGGUCCCGAGGAUAGUGACCCGUCGAGGACCUUUUCUGUCACGUCUAGUGGCAUCCGCUUCAAAGACCUCAAGAUCGGGGUCGGGCCUGAGGUGAAACCCGCAAACGUUGUGGACAUGAGGUACCGUGUGGAGAAACUGGGGAAGAGAAGCUACGACGGUAUCUCCGGAGAGACCCAGUCGGUGUUUUCCCUAGGCUACGGGGAAGAUGAUGACAAGGAGGGAGACGUGUUGACGGUACCGCUUGGCUCUGGAAGGCUCAUCAGCGCCGUCGAUGAGGGGGUAGUUGGCAUGCGGGUGGGGGGCGUGCGGCGAGUGGCGGUGAGGCCGGAGAGGGGGUGGAAGAAGCAAGACCCCAAGUGCGCCACGGAGAUCGACAUGGGGGUUAUGUCCGGAGUGCCUGGCGCGGCUCUAGCAAAGGUGGAAGAUUGCAUCGAUCUCACACUUGAGCCCAGGCCGGUAGGCUACGGCGCAACGCGGCGAAUGGCUCGUCGCUUCGACGAGACCCUAAUCGUAGAGGUGGAGAUGGUCGGGGCAAAGGAAGGAAACGGAAGAAUAUUCUGA